AUGGAUGACAAGAUGUCUAUAGACUACUAUGUCAUCAAUGAUUCAAAGACGGUAGAGCAAGGCAUUACUUUGAGGUCGGCAAUAGUCGGAUUUUUCUAUAAGAAUGAGGCUGAUGCGAUUGAUACGAAGGGCAGGUUGAUGAAAACUUUCGAGGUGGCGAGAAAAACUGAAGAACUGGAUCCAUUUCUGAACGUUUUGCCUAAAAUUCCUUAUGGAUCUUCCGGAAAAUUGUCGGACAGUGGAGUUUCAAGCAAGUUAGGCUCUCUAAAAGAAAACGACGACAGUGAUAAAUUUGAUGCCAUUGAUGGUAACACAUAUUGUCGAGUUAUAUACGAUGCUGCAGAAUUUUAUCCUGAUUUGAAACUCCCAUCCCCUGUUUUUGUCAAAUUGUACUAUUAUUCUAGCCAGUUAUGGGAAGAGAAUGAUUUUGUGUGUUUCCAUAUACCAGAGAAAAAGGAUUAUUAUGGGAUGUUCUUCAAUGAACUUAUAAUCAACGAAAAAAUUGCCAGCUCUCAAUUUGCUUCUAAUUUCUCAAAGUUCCUUGUUUCAGGUUACUGGAGCGGACUUCCCGAUCAUCAGAUGCAUAUAUUUGAAUAUUUAGGAAGAGAAAUCCAGGAAGAAAAGUGGGAUAAGAAAAAAGUGCACACAAUUAUCAAGUCAAGGCUCGAGGAGCUUCAUCUGUUAGGGAUUUCACACAAUGAUGUUAGGCUCGAAAACAUUCACGUAUGUCAGUCAGGUAAGAUUUCUUUGAUUGAUUUUGGAUUAUCGGACUGCACAAAUAAUGAAGAUCACAAAAAGAAUGACUUUCAGACUCUUGAUUUCAUAUUGGGAGUAUAUGGUUCUAAUGAAAAUGAUCCUCAAGUCAAUCAGCAUAGUCAAGAAAGUGAAGUAAUUCCUGACGAGGCGGGCAAUGAUGACAAUGAUGGAAGUGAUAGUAAUCCUUCCUCUGAAGCGGUUUUUAAUGAGAUGAGCGCACAAUCGCUCGAUACAAGUAUAACAACGGAAGGUAAUACCUCGAAGGCGCCACAAAGGUAG